GACAAACCGCUAUUCCCAACAGAGCAAAGAAGAGCAACGCAACUGAAUAUUAUAAUUUUGCGACUAUGGAACUGAACGAUGACUUAGUCGUGGAAAUCAUCUCCUACUUGCCUUUGAAGCUUGCAGUUCAAUGUAAAGUUCUAAGCAAGAACUUUAAUACUAGGAUUUCUGAUCUUAAAUUUUCUCAAAUUUGGUUUCCACAUCAAAAGAUUUCUUCAACACUAUUCGUCUAUCAUUCAUAUGGACCCAAUCGCGUCCACAAAAUCUCCAUAAACCCUCCUUUCCCAACCACUCACAGUGAGAUGUUUCUUUUACCCGACCACUCUUCAGUUUUGGCCUCAUGCAGGGGUCUUCUUCUCCUUGUCUUUCUUAAGUUUAGGAAUUUUUGUGUUUUCAAUCCUAUAACCGGGGCACACCAGUUGAUAUCAUACCCAAAGCCUAUACAUGAGUUUAUGAAAUUUCGUGGCAUAGGCUUAGCGGUUGAUUACCCCACUUCAGAUCAAUAUAAACUGGUAAUCGUUGGGAAACUGGCUGAACAACAAGGGUAUAAAUUUUAUGUAUUUUCAUCAGAGCGAUCUGGUUUGUGGCACGAAGUUCGAUUUAGAGUGAAUUUCAUCAAUUUGGCCCAAUGUACUAAACCUGUUUACGUGAAUGAUUCCUUACAUUGGCUCAGAAGUGAUGGCAGUGUUCUUGCUUUUAAUACAAAGAGAGAAGAGGCUAUAAUUCUUGACCUUCCUGCGUUCUUCAGUCAUCAUGCUCCCAUCUAUGGUAAACUUUAUCCUGGUUUUGAUACAUGGUUAGGGAUGGCACAAGGUUUACUUACCCUUGUUUGCAAAUUCAGGAAAUCCACAGUCAUUGCUGCUUAUGAUUAUGUAACCAGCAAUUGGAGAGUUUCCCACACUUUGGACAACUUCAUGGGUAUCCCAGUCUGGAUUGAUAGCAAACAUGUGCUUUUCCUAGAAGGUAGUUACACGAAACAACAUCGAUAUUUGUAUGUGUAUGAUUCUGAGAACAAUGGGUAUAAACUAGCUGACAUUUUAAACCAAAACUACAUCAUCAACAAUGACAUGUGCUCCUUCCAACCAACUCUAGCCAGUGUCCAGACGACACGUUUAGACACACUCUCCGAUGAACAUCUACCAGUAAUUACUGCAACUUUAGAUGAGCUUCGACAAUUUAUUACUAUUGACAAUCAGUAAAAAGCUGACAAAUGAAGUUGUGAGCACCCAUCACUUAAUAUGAUAAUUGGGUGCUGAUUGGAAAGCAGGAUUAAAGAAUGGCGAUGAAUAUUCCGAUCUGGUUUGAAGUUUUUCAUUUGCUUGCACAUUCUUCUUUUUUGCCCCUUACUGGAUUGACAUUUCUCUAUCUUUUAUUGCUUCUCUUUUGUCCUUUAAAAGUGAAAAUUUGUUUAGCACUUUAAGGUCAUUCUAAAUUCUUGUAGUCCUCCAAUUUUAUCCAAUAUUUACCUCAAUGUCUCCACCAAUUUAUGAAGAAAAAAAAUCUAAAUUCUCCAUCACAUUUCCUAUAUUUAAUACUCUUCUCUUUUUUUUUGCUCAUUGUUUUAGGAAAAGAUACUUUCGGUCAGGAAUAACACCAUUAAAAGGAGAUUUUCAACUCAUAAUCAGCUUGACAAACAAUUCAAUUGAUUCAGAUAAUGAUUAUAUGAUGAUUUUCCAGCCGUAUCUUUCGAUUCUUGUUCUCUGUGUUGUAUAAUUUCCAAAACUAAAAAAGGGUUAGUUUCAAGUUUGAGAACUGACAGUUUUGGGUUUGUUGAGGCAGGAAUUAAGAGCUUUCUUAUCCAUGAAACAUGGUGAAGAAAUUUAGAAUGUUUGCUCAGUUUGCUAUGUAUAACAAAAUAUGUUUGCACCUGUAAGCAAGAUGUUGUAAACUAUUCUACCUUUUCAAAGUAUGAAAACUCGUUGAGAAUGAUUCUAAAUAGAACUUUUCUUUAAUCAUGAUAACCUUAAAUUUUGUUUUCUCCGUAUCUUUUUCACCCUCAAGUGUUAAAUAUCUAUGUUCUUAUACUAUGCAGCCGAUAACAACUUUAUUGUAAAAAUACUGGAGCAGCCAUCACUUUAAAGUCCUGGAUAAGCCAUGAGAUCUCUCGGCCAAACUAGGCAUUUUAUAUACAUAUUUUCUAGAAUUGAUCUAUUAUUUUCUAUUGGUCAAUUCCGUUAGUCCUAAGGAUACUAAAGGUUAAGAUUAGCUAGUCCUUUCAAAUUUAAUGUCUCUAGUUUUAAAACAUUUUCCCCAUAUCAAUUCAACUGAGUCAAUCGGCCUUUUCAUAGAGGUAUUGUAUGCCUUCUUUGUGGUGUCAAGAUUUUGACUUCAGACAAACGAGUUAUCGCAUAAAACUAAUGUCAAAUUCAGUUCCCAAAUUCAAAUUCAUGAACCUGUUCCAUAUUUCUGAUAGUGGUUCUAGCUUCUUGUUUUCUGUUGACGUUGCCCACC